ACAUAUUUAUCAUAGGUUCUAUAAUGGUUAACCAUUGAACCAUCGACCACUAACUUUUCCGAUUCAGGAUCUCUCCCUUUAUUUAUCGUUGUGUCAACUUUUGAAUAUUUAUAAUUCCAAGUCAUAUAUUAAUUUCUCUCCUAUAAUUAUGAAAUGUUGGUACUAUCUCUGAUUCAUGGGUUCAAAGUUGGACGCUGACCAUAAUCCCAAGUUAGAUUUAUGUAUCUGAAGUUUAAUUAUCAAUCCUUCUUGAGAACACCCCUAUUAAACAACGGCUUUUUCAAUACAUUGGUUUGGGCAUCUCAAUUCGUGAAAAGAUGGUGCAUGAACGCUGGCAGCACCACACGACAUAGAACCCCGAUUGUAGCACAUUCUGCGUCAUACAAUUUCCUUCAUGAUGGCCUCAUUGUGGGACAUUCGUGACAAUGAAUAAGGAUAUCAUGCAUCUCCGCCUCCAUCACACAAUGACGAAUCACUAUGCUCCAAUCCAUAAUAGGUAAGGAUGAUCCCAAAAAAUAAUGACAAAUUGGAGAAGAAUAUAUGUUUCUCUUGUGUGGUCAUCCCCUUGGGUAGCGACUUUCCAACCAGAUAGUUGGCAAAGUCGGAGAACCAAUGAGUGUCGCACUUGAUUAGGCACAUCAUGAGAAUCCUCCCAUAUGAGAAGGAGCCAUUGAUAUAACGAUUAAAGUUAUCCACACAAGGCUUUCAAUGCGAGAUAGGUGAUUGGCAUCUAGGUAUUCCACUCAUUUCUUGUCCUUAAUCUUAGGAAGCUUAUUCUGCAUAGUGGAUGAGCACUCCUCGUUCAACAUCAUUGUGGAGAUAUCUCCAAGAUUCUUCUUAUUCAUGAGGACGUCCUUGGGGAAUUUGGCAUAAUUAGGCAUCUGGGACUAGUGGUGUACAUGGGUCGGGGUGGUCCGGGUUUAGUGACUCGCUAUGACACAAAUCCUAACAAAGGCCAAGUGUAACCAAUGAAAGGGACCGCAGUAUAGUGGCUCAAGUAAUAAAUAUCUAAUCCAUGGGUCUCUAGAGUUACUAUUACUCAACUUCAGUUCAUUAUCUAUCAAACCAGAUUAAGAUAGAACAACUAAAACUACUCUAGCAAACUACAGUUAAAGUUAAUCUAAUUAUAGGUUGGAAACUCACUUAGGUAUGAUUCCCCCUAGCCACUAGCCAGAUUAAUGAUUGAUGAUCUCUAACUUGUUUCACUUUCAUUCACAAUGCGGAGAAUUCUUGACUAGACCUUGAGUCUCGACUAAAGGAACAAAGCCCUCUUGAGUCAAUUGCCUAGAGGGACGUAUCCUUCUCUAGAACAACCGAUCAACGCGUUCUGAACUAGACUCCCUAUAUCGAAAGAGGUUCUCAAUCGAUACAAAGUAGUGAAUUAACCCUCGACUAAAGCAAUCGAUCCACUACUAUCAAACUAUGGUGCUCUAUUGACCUAAUCAGGUAUUCGCUCUCAUAGGAUCAAAGCAGAAUUAAUAAUCUCGACUAAAGCAUAAUUGAAUCAUGAAAACGUGCAUAGAUUGAAUAUGAACUCAAGAUUAUCAAGUAAGAGUACUCAUACAAUCAUCCAAUCAAACAAACAUAGCUAGGGUUCCUCAAAACCUAAGUGAAGGGAAGUUACUCCAUAGAGAAGAGAGAGACUACAGUAAGAAUCUUCAAAUGAUCAGUCUUCAAGUCUGGGCUUGUUCCUCGAGCUUCCAAGGCGAAGAAAUCCUCCAAUUCCACUCCAAGAAUGCCCUCAAAUCGCUCUCUCUCUCUUUGGUUCGUCCCUUGGGUGUUUGGGAUCCAAAACCCAGCUCUGCCUUGCAAAAACGCACAAAACAGGCUUUUAACAGCCUGCGUUCGCGAUUCCCGGUCAGAAUACCCGGUCGGGUAUUUUAUGUGGAGACCGGGUAUCUUUAAAACGCACCGUCGGGGAACAGGGGUUAAUCCCCGGUCAGGGCUAAGAAUACCCGACCGGGGAUUUAUGAUUACUGCCCGGGCCCCCUUCUACUUCUCAGACGCCUAAAACAUAUUUUCCCCGGUCUGCUCCAAAUAAUAACCGACCGGGUAAUUCUGCCGAUGGCCGGGUACUUUGCUCCUCCAGCACACUUCAACCCAAACGUGCUCCUUUCAACCCGAAACUUGUUUCUUCGCCUCGAUGCCAACGUUAAGCCCUGAAAUAUGACAUAAACGCACAACCUAGCGUGAAAUCGGCUUACAACACGAGAAUCAACAUCUCAAACGACUCAAGAAUAGGGGUAUAAACAUGUGUAAUUAUAGGUCUAUCAUUUAGACAUUUUAAUCACCCGACCCAUGCACUACGGUUUGGGAAAUAUUAAACUUAAGGAUUUUGCUAUGGUGACAUGCAUGUCACCGUGACAUGGACUUUUCGGUCGACCUAAUCCAAAAGGCGGUCGACCGAAUUGACUGAUUCAUGUAUGUGAGGUUCCGAGCCGGAGAUGAGCCAAUGUCGUAGGCACAGAGUUCAACUCCACCGAUCACCUUAGAGAGUGUGUGGGAGCGCAUGGAUGGCAUGUACGAGUACAUGGGCCAGAUGUCCAGCCAGAUGACUGGCAUGUACGACUACAUGGGGAAAAUGACCGCCCAGAUGAGCACAAUGCAUGUGAACGUGAAUGAGAUGCGAGAUGAGUGGCGAUCUUUCAACGGAAGAUACAUGCAUCCCACCACAUCUGACCACCAUCAUGCAAGUACCACCAAUGAAGAAAAUGUGGAUGAGGGAGAGAGGGGACAUGAGUAGGAACUCGAAGAUUUUAGAUUGUGUGUUUUUAUUGUUAAGUGGUCAAAACGAUUGUUGAUUGUUAUUUUGUUGUUUUAGUUUUUUUUUUUUAAUGUGUGAACAAUUAAUAUUUUUGUUUUAUUAUAUUUCUUGUUAGUUUGUUUAGUUGUUAUGCUAUGAAUUGAUGAGUCCUUGUUAUCAUUAUUUAUGACUAUUUAUGAUGGUUUGAAACAUAAUUUAUACGAGCAAAAGAACCACACAAAUCGACAUACAUAAGCAAAAAAGACACGGGGCAUAGGUUGACUUUCUUGUAUUCGGUCGACCUCGUACCGGAUUAGGUCGACCUCGAAACCAACACUUGAUCUUCAUUUUACGUCAAAUGAUUGGACACAUUGAUAGAACACUUAUCUUCUAUCUGGUCGACCUCUUUCCUUAUCUGGUCGACCAUUUUGUUAAUGAUUGCCAUCAAGUGGUCGACCUAUAUACCUUUACGGUCGACCAUGUUGUGUCUGACGCCAACGAAAUGGCCGGCCGAGGUUUUAUUCAGGUUGACCAAAAAUAAAAAUUUAAACGAAGU